AUGUAUAAAUUACAAUUUUAGACUUGCGCGUCCCUGCAUUUGUCAAGUGUCAACGUCAGUUGUCAACUUCGUCAAGUUCACAUUCUUGAUUCUACCAUUUAAAACAAAUUAGUUGCUAGAAAUUACGAAAAGGAAAUUUUUUGUUAGAAAAUUAUCAACAAUUAUAGUACAUAAGAGUUUCUGCGUAACAAGAAUUGAAUAGACAAUUAUGAAAACGGGACCCUUAUACGGCAUCGUUGCGAAUUCGAAAUCGCGAAUGCGAUGUGUUUUUUGUGGAGUUUACAUACCGAAGGCUAACAAAUGUAUUGAAGAGCACACAAAUGGUACGAAACAUAAAGAGAAUAUAGAUCAAAUGGUCGAACAUGGAAUGAUAUAUAACAACGAGGAGUUAUAUUGUAAGCCUUGUAACGUAAAUCUCACUGAAGAAGAAUCUGUUGCGUCUCAUAUUGAAAGCGAUGAUCACGCCAAUUGGAUGGCGGCUGUGGACAAUUUAAUAGAGGGCGAGUUCAUCAAUGUUGAUUCAUACCUAGCUAGCGAAAGUGAAGAAGUAUUUUGUGAAGUGUGCAACUGCAACGUAAAUUGUACUUUACAAAAUAUAGAAAUUCACGUUAACGACAUCGUCCACCGUAGCAAUGUAGCUGAGAAACUGAAACCGUUAAAUGGAAUAUUUCGCGUUGAUAACGAUGAUGAGUUGUGGUGCAAACUUUGUGAUGAGUACAUUGAGAAUACAGCAAGAAGUGUCCUUGAACAUAUUGAUGAUUCCCCCGAGCAUGUAGAGUGGUUUAUUGAGAUUGAAGACCUAAUAGAGGGUCAGGAAGUAUCUAUUCAAGAUUUUCUUAAAGAUGAGCAUGAGAAAAAUGCAUAUUGCAAUAAAUGUCAGAUAGAAAUAUUUUGCAAUGCUCAAAGUAUUGAGGAACACGUCCACAGUGAAGCACACCUUAAUCAAUUUAGUUAAUGUUUCAUGCUAAGUGUAUUCACUCAAAAAAACAUUACGAAUUAGCUAAUUCAAUCAGAUAACGAUUACAAUGGAAUCAAUAAUUAUUUUUACAAGCUUUUAUUUCAUUGCACAUUUGUGAAAUAAAUGAACUUUUAAGCACAUUCAUAUAAACAAUUGGGCUAAAAUUUUGCACACACACUUGGCACUGGGGAAUGAUAUUAUGAUAUUACAUAAAUAAAUCCUCAUAUUAAUAGGUCUUUUUUAAAAUAUAUAUAUAUUUUUAAUUUGAUGUAUUUUAAAUUAUAAAGUUUGAACAUUUACCUACAAAAAAGCUUGUAAUUCAUCCUAUUUAUAUAAUUGUGUAUUUAAUAAUCCUGUCAUAAAUUAAUAUUUUUAUGGAUAUGCUUUUAAAACACCUUCAAAUGUUUUGUUAUUAUUUUAUUGCUUGGACAAGAAUAAUGAUGUACUUUCAAAUAUAGUUUAAAUGAUUUCA